UUCUGCCUGGGGCUUCUCUGAUUGGUCAACGAGAAGACAUGGUCGCCGAUUGGCUGUGCUGGCUGGCGGGUCUCGCAUAUUGCGCGGGUCUGGAAGCUGCUGCGGUGCCGGCAGCGGCGGCUGGUUCUGCUGCAGGGGAGCAGCGCUCCCCGACCAUCUGCCUGGCGGAGCGGCCGUGACUUGGCCGGGGGCGCACACGACACAUCCCGGGCUACCUGUCCCGGCUGGCAGGAGCCAGCACUCUGAGCCCCGUCCAGUCUGCGAGGCUGGGCCCCACCGGGCUCCUGCGGCGCGGCCGCUGCCCGACGCUCAGCGGCCCUUGUCCUCCGGCUCCGUGUUUGGGGCAGGCUGCGCCGAGCGUUGGCUCUGCAGGCAGGUGCCGGGACAGCAUGGCCUUGAGCCGCUCGUCUGGAAACAAGAAGCGGAGCGGCGCCAUCCUCUACGGGGUGGAUCCGACGCAGGUUCUCUCGUCGCCUUCCACCUGGCAGGGGGCCACCGCCGGGGGCGGCUUCCCACCCAACAAGCGCUACAAAAGUGUUGAUGUGGGGAUGGCCCAGAAGGCAGAAGAUCUCUUUGGUGAUAAUGAUGACUUCACUGCUGCUGACUUGGAAGAAAUUGAUAUAAUUGCCUCCCAGGCACUGUCACAAGGCCAGGACUCAAAUACCCUUCCUAGUACAAAUGUUCAGAAACUGGAGCAGGAUGUCACGCCGUCCUUAAUGCUAAACAUCAUCCAUCAGAAGUCUGUGAACGUUAGACUGUGGAACGAUGCUUCCAGCGCUGAACAAAACACCAAAGCCAGGCUUGUAGGAAAUGGCACAGAAGAUAUUCUGGUUAAAGACGCAUUUCAAUUUGAAGUACUGCAAACACAACAUGAAAACCUUAAGGAAAAGCUGAAAGAAAUGCAGGAUGAAAUCAUUUUUAAAAAUGGAGAAAUUAAAGUUUUGCGGGACUCAAUGCAGCAGUUGGAGUCUACCAUGGAGGAACAGAGAAGAUCAAAUAUGUUACUGGAAAAGGAGAAAACCCAGACCCUGAAUGAAAAAGAGAGAGAGUUUUCCAAAAAGUUACAGUCCUUGCAAUCACAAUUGCAGUUUAAAGAUGCUGAAAUGAAUGAAUUGAGGACAAAGCUUCAGAACUGUGAAAGGAUUAAGUCUGUUGCUUCGUCAGUUUCAACUGUCAGCCCUAGAAAGAGUCCUUCAAGGAUAGUGAAAUCGGAAGGAGGUUCUCCUCAGUCUGGAAAAAGGUCUUUUCCUACAAAGGAGUCUUUCAGUGCUGAGAUGUCUGGUAAACCAUCCUGUUCUACAGUAAACUCGCUUGCUCAAACCGUUUUGAGGAAGGAGGAGAAUAAGACACCUUGUCUCGAAACUGCAGUGAUGAAACAAGAAGCGACAGAAAAAAACAUUUCAUAUACUUCUGUUCAAAGACGAAGCACUCAAGGUUCCUUCUUACUAAAUGCACUGAUGAAACAGCCUGUUGUCCCUGGGUCAUUACUNGGCCUUUGGCCUCUUCUUAGCAGGAAGGCUGAAGCUCUGUCUGGGUCUGUUUUACAGCCUAACUGUCUUAACAGAAGAUCUACAGGAAUUUCUGGUGCCAGCACAGCUUAUUCUCAAGAAGAAACUCUUUCUCUCUCUGUUCUAAGAGAAGCCCAGAAACUUGCAACAACAGGUCUGAAUUUGAUGGCCAUGGAUGAAGGAUCUUCUGAAGGAAAUCUGGCAGAAAGUGAGAAAGGAGUGUUCUAUCUCAAAUGUAUUAAAAUCCCAGGAGCGGUGCAUCUUCUGCCCUUAGUGGAACAUUAUGUUGAUGCAUACUGUCAGGCUGUACAAGUGGUAGACAAAACAGGAAACAGUCCUUGUAGAAACCAACCAAUUUGUUCUUCCAGAACUAACACAAGCGUAGUAUCAAGUACAGAGGACUUUAGAUCUACUCUGGAAGAGAUUACAAUUACAUCUUUAGGCAUUCUUUAUUACUUGGUAUUCUAUAGCUGGGAUGUUGUAUCUACAUUGCUAUUGCCUGAAGUGGAAAGAAAGGCACAAAAGUUAACUGGAGAUUUACAAGAUGCUGCUAAUAAGAAUCAAUUCCAACAUGCUUUAUUUAAAAAGCUGCUUCAGGUUUUAGCUUUUUCAUCUACAACAACAGGCUCCUGUGCUGAGAGGAUUAUGAAUCAAAGCCUUAAGGUUUUGGUGAAACUAGCUGAAAAUUCAACAAUUGAGUUGCUAAUAAGCUUUCACCGCUUACUGAAUAGCCAGACGCUGCUUCACUGCAUGUGUGCUGAGACCCCUCUACCUACUGUCUAUUUAACUAUUCGGCUGUUGGCUGUACUUGUUCAUCACCCAAGGCUGGCUGCCCAACUCUGUUCUCACUCAGAAACCUGUCUACUUCUUGCACUGUACAUGUAUAUUACUUCAAGACCAGAUAAAUCUGCAUCUGAAAUGCACUGGCUUCAGCUGGAGCAAGAGGCUGUUAGAUUCCUGACCAAGUGCAUGCGGUGCUCCAGUCCAUCAGUGUUACUACUUGAUACAGAUUGCCAGUGCAGCCUUGAGGUGGUUAAGGCACUUAUCGUAAUGUUACAUAGACAGUGGGUGAAGGUUAGAAGAUCUGAGAGCAAUUUUCAUAUGUAUAAAGAACAAAUUGUUCAGUUUUUGCGGGACACAGUUUUGCUCUUGCAUAGUCUUUCUCAAAAAGAUAAACGGUUUCAGGAACACUUCUUGGAAGUUCUCCAUCAGUAUGAUCAAGCCAUACCUGGUGUAAGAGCCAUCCUGAAAAAAUCUCAAAAAUUGAAUGUCUUUGAAGAGAUGGCUUUGGAUGAAUUGUAUCCUCCGGAGACAGAAGCAGAUGCUCCAGAAAUAGAGGCAAGUUAGUUGCCAUAGGGCCAUAUCUUGUUCCAUAUGAAUUUUUGUUGUUUAGCUUUGUUACCAAUGGGAAAUUGGAAAUCAACCUGAACAAAACCUAUUUGUAUGUCUUUAAAGAUCACUGGAUGUAAUGUAAUACAGAUAUAGAACUUUGA